CUUUUUCGGUUCCUUGCGGCCCACAGUGUUCCUUCGCCGGAGAACUCUUCAGUCUACCCUGUAUAGUUCCGCCUGCUGAAAUGUCCAACCCCAGAGUCUUCUUCGAUGUCACCGCCAGCGGCGCAUCCAUCGGCCGGGUUGUGAUGGAGCUCCACAGCGAUGUGGUGCCCAAGACUGCUGAGAACUUCCGCGCCCUCUGCACCGGUGAGAAGGGCUUCGGCUACAAGGGCUGCACCUUCCACCGCAUCAUCCCUGGUUUCAUGUGCCAGGGUGGGGACUUCACCAACCACAAUGGAACCGGUGGAAAGUCCAUCUAUGGCAACAAGUUUGCUGACGAGAACUUCACCCUGAAGCACACCGGCCCUGGCAUCCUGUCCAUGGCCAACGCCGGACCAAACACCAAUGGAUCCCAGUUCUUUAUCUGCACAGAGAAAACAGCAUGGCUGGAUGGGAAGCACGUGGUGUUCGGGAUCGUGGUCGAGGGGAUGGACGUAGUAAAGAAGAUGGAGAGCUACGGCAACUCGUCCGGCAAAACCAAGGUCAAGGUCGCCAUCGCCGACUGUGGGCAGCUCUGAGCUCCAGCACUUAACCCUUUCUGCUUGCCCUGUAGCCACACCCCUUCAGGCUCCGCCCCACCCCCCAUCCACCACCAUUCAACAUUCCUAUUGAUGGAUAUUCAACUGCUCCUCCCCUCUCUCCACCCACCCUUUUUUUUUUUAUUCUGUUCUUGUUGAAAUCAUGUUGCUGCAUUUGUGACUUUGCCUUUUGAAAGUUUCUUUUGCAUUAACGUUUUUUUCCACAAAGUCCCAACGGUUUUUUUGUUAAGUCAAAAAAAUGAAUAAGAAAAUAAAAUGGAAAAGAUGCCUUGACAAAUGAAA